UUAUGUACUCUGACCCUGAGAAGAUAUUCGACUUGGUCUCUCUCAACGGAGCUGAAUUCUCCAUGCCACUUGUUACCCAAAACCUUAUCGUUUACGCUCUCGUGAAUUUUGAACUUUUGUCUACUUUUCCAUUUGAUUCAAUGCCCACGUUUAAAAUUCUAUCCAUCAAUCCUGUAUGUUUCUGAGAUCAAUCACACCACUGAUGCCAUAAUCUUGGCCUCUUCUUCCUCCUCCAUAUCUCUUCUUAAUCGUCCCCAGAUCCACCACUCAACCCAACAACACAAUCUAUAUUUCACUUGACUUCCCCUUCUCUCAUUGUAUCACCGUACCGUCACUGCCAUUAUCAUGGCCGCGACCCAAACCGGACCAACAUGGUCCGAACUCUUAGGAAGCAACAAUUGGGAAGGCCUGCUCGACCCUCUCGACCUGGACCUUCGAAGGCUCAUCCUCCGCUCCGGCGACCUCAUACAGGCCACCUACGAUGCCUUCAACAACGACCAAAACUCCAAGUACUGUGGUUCCAGCCGCUACGGGAAGUCCUCCUUCUUCCAAAAGGUCAUGCUCGAGAACGCCUCCGAUUACAAAGUCCUCUUCUUUCUCUACGGCACCGCACGUGUCAGCGUCCCCCAAGCCUUUCUCCUUCACUCCCUCUCGCGCGAGUGUUGGGACCGCGAAUCCAACUGGAUCGGCUACAUCGCCGUUACCUCCGACGAGGUCAGCAGAGCCUCGGGCCGCCGUGAAAUCUUCGUCGUGUGGCGGGGUACCACGACGAGUUAUGAGUGGAUCAAUGUGUUUGGUGCUGCCCCUGCAUCAGCAGAGGUUCUUCUAAGCUCAGAGACGAUAAAGGAAAUUAGCAGCAGUGACGAUGAUGAUGAUGAAAUGCCCAAAGUGAUGAAUGGCUGGCUCACAAUUUAUACAUCGGACAACCAAAAUUCUCCUUUUACUAAAACAAGUGCUAGGACGCAAGUAUUGAAGAAGGUGAACGAAUUGCUCAAGCUUUACAAAGACGAAAACCCAAGUGUGGUUGUAUUAGGACACAGUCUCGGGGCAAGCUUAUCGAUAGUGAGUGCUUUUGAUUUGGUGGAGAACGGAGUAAAAAACGUUCCGGUGACAGCAAUUGUAUUGGGGUCUCCUCAGGUGGGGAACAAGGCAUUCAACGAGAGGCUGAAGAAGUUUUCAAAUAUGAAGGUUCUGCACAUAAGGAAUGUGAUAGACUUGAUAACACGUUAUCCAGGAGGGUUAUUGGGAUACGUGGACACAGCAGGAACAGAGUUGAAGAUCGAUACAAGAAAGUCGCCGAGUUUGAAGGAGUCGAAGAAUCCAGGUGAUUGGCAUAACUUGCAGGCGAUGUUGCACGUGGUGGCAGGGUGGAACGGGGCAAAAGAGGAGUUCGAGAUGAAGGUGAAGAGAAGCGUGGCUUUGGUGAACAAGUCGUGUGAGUUUCUGAAAGAAGAGUAUUUGGUACCAGGGUCAUGGUGGGUGGAGAAGAACAAGAGUAUGGUCCGUAGGGAUGAUGGAGAGUGGGUUUUGGCUUCUCCAGAUGAGGAGGACCUUCCUGCUCCUGAAGAGUGACGAGGAGAGACUGGUUGUCUUGUAUCUCUUUUCUACUUCUCCAUCUUCCAUCCUUGAAUCCUUCCCCGUUUUUUCAUGACCACUGUUUAUAAGGUUUUAAAAAUCACACCAUUGAAGUAAUUACUGAUUUAUGAUUCAUUAAUUCAAUCAUAGUCAAAUGAAUUAAUAUUAAAUUAAUAUAUUUUUAAUUUAUGUAUCAUAAAUAAAUAAAAAAUAUAUGUAAAUAUUUAUAUUUUUUUAAAAAAAUUAAUAAAUGCUUGAUAAAAUGAUAUAUUUGUAAUAACUCUAAAAUUAUAAAAAUAAUAAAAAUAAUAAAUAAUAAAUAAUAAUAAAAAUAAAAAUAAAUUAAAUAUAAUAAUUUAUUUUAAGUGUAUUUUAUUAAUAUUGAGAACAAGUAUAAUAAAGUGGAAUAUUAGUGUAGUGAAAGUGCGCAGAUGGUUUAUUCUUUAGGUCCCGUUCGAUUCUGAGUAAAGCAAAAGUGAGAGUUUAUUUUAAUAUAGUUUUGUGAAAUCACUAAAUUACCCUUGCCUCCCUUAGAUUUUUCUCUUUUCUUUUUCUCUCUCCCUCACCGACUUAAUGCUCUGCUUCACUAGAAGAACCCAGAUCCUCUCCUCUCUCUCAUCGUCCUCCUUCUCCGUCUCUGCUUCUCUUCCAUCACAGCGACACAGUACGAGUUAACGCAUGCUCGACAGAGUUGCUACAUUUCUCCCCCAUUCUUCCUUGCUCGGGCGACAGCUUCUCCUUCACAAGUGCAGAGUUGUUGCUGCGUCUAUGGGUGUGAGUGCGUCUGGUCUUGGACUCCCUUUCGUUCGUCUGUGCAUCGCCGAAGAGAGGGCAUGGAGUGUAUGUGUGUGAGAAAGGGAGGCAGAGAGAGAGAGAGAUCAGACCAUCCUCCGCUGUUCAUCGUUGCUGCCGUCAUCAGUCUGGCUGUGUGAUUGUGGGUCUUCGAAUCUUCUUCCCUUUCCCUUUAUUAUUGUCGGUCCGCUGCUGGUUACCGUGAUAGUGCCAUUGAUUCUUCCUCUUCUCUGAACGUGUAGCAGUGUUAAGUUCCCCUGUUCCGCGUUGCAUCUCCUCUUCCUUCCUUCUUCAUGCUGUCUCCAACGUUAAUGAUCUAAUGUGAGAAAUUUCUGUUC